AUGUCUUUAAUAAACGCAAUCGAAAAACUCAAAUGUCAAAAAAAAGAAGAAUAAUCUAUUAAAAUUUCAUCUUUUAAUAAAGACACAAAUUAACUAAAAUAAGAUGAACAAAUAUUAAAAAUUCAAUAAAAUAAAAAUGAAGAUGAUAUUAAUUUUACAUAAAUUGACGAAGAAAAUAUCUACAAAAUUUAACAUUUUUAUGAAUAUUCGACUCUAGGUUUACUUAUAUUCGGAAAAACAGCAAACAUAUUUAUUUCAAUUACAUUAAUAUGUAAUAUAAUAGGUAGUCUAACCACUAAAUCUAUUACUAUAGGUUCCAUUUUAUCUAAUACAUUCUAUUUUAUUCCUUUAUUAGAUAAUAGUAAUACUUGGAUUUGUAUAUUUUUCUUCACAUCCUUACUAUUUUCCUUUAAAAAUGUCUAAAAUACACAUAAAUUAUAAAUAAUAAUCGUAAUAAUCCGUAUAAUUACCAUUUUAGCUUUAAUUAUAGGUUCUUUCUUGAUAUAUUUUUUCUAAAAAAAUCCUAAAAUUACUUAUAAUAUGAAGUUAGCUGAUUUUGAGAAUUUCGGUAGUUUUUUUAAUAAUAUGUAAUACGGUAUGUUUAUGCAUUAAUUCCUACCUUUGGUUGUUUCUAAAGCUUAAAAUUAAAAUAAUAUAUCUACAUUGAUUUUUUAUACUAUUUUUUCAGGAAUUUGUAUUUUUAUAACUCUCUGUUUUUCCUCGUUUUUGGCUUUUGGUGAAUGUAUAAAUAUAUAAUAUUUACAAAAUCAUAAUAAUGAUAUUUGUGAAAAAAUACACAAUUUUCAUUAUUAUAGUAAUUUCUUUUAAUAUAGACAACCUAUAGUAUUUUAUAUGAGUAGUUUUUAUGCUUUUUUGAAUGUUUCUUCUUUUCCAAUCUAAAUAAUAGUCCUUAGAAAUAAUCUCAUUUAAAUAAUUAAAUAUAAUAUUAAUAUGUAGUUCAAUAUAAGCAAAUAUUAAUCAUAUUUUAUAACUGUUUUUAUUAGUUCACCGGUCUUAGCUUUUGCUCUUUUAACAAAUAAUAUUUAAUUAGUCUUAGAUUAUACAAGUGGGAUUUUUGGGAGCUUUAUAAUGAUUAUUUAUCCAUGUUUAUUUGUUAUAAAAAGUAGAAAAAUGGCUUAUUUAAAUAAUGGAAUAGAUUAUUAAUUAAACUUUCUAAAAAGUAGAUGCUCAAAUUAAUUAAUUCCAUAUUUAUUAAUUAUAAUAGGAGUAUUUUUUAUAUCAUAUACAUUAUUUAUUAAGUGUAAUAUAUAUUUUAAAUGA